GCUGGUGAGCAGUAACAUGGUGGGGUAAAUUUGGACUUAAUCCUUCCGCACGGACGUUAGUGGAGUUCGAAUGCCCUGUCAAUGUUGGUUAUGCUUCUUUUUAUCUCCUUUUAUUUGUGAUUCACGAAGACCUGGUAACCUCGCCGAGAUAUCGCUCAGAUUCACCGGAGAGUCAACCGGUCCCUCCACCACCUUGUCUCUACUUUGUCCCGAGAUUUGUCCAAUUCCUUGGGAGAUCUGUGUCAUGAAUUUUAUCUUGUCACAAGUAUUCGAGUAUUUAAUACUGAGAUUGACGAUAUCUUCGAAGUGAGCCUAACUACUCCUUGCUAAUCGACAUUAUUUGAUACAUCAAAUUCAACUGUCUGAUCACCGCCAUUUUCAACUCGAAAUAUCUACAUGCAGUGAUACUGUUACACUGAGUGGGUGUAGUCUCAAGCCCGAAUCGAAAAGUCAUCGAGAUCCAUUGAGUUGUUAUUUGUAACCGCGACAAUCGCAAAUAUCUUACAAACAAACGAACGCUCAACGUCAGAUUGUUUGAAGUCGAAUAUCUCCUGAUCUGGUAAUUUUGAGCGAGUAGUAGAGGUUGAGAAAGUUCCAGCCCUUGCCCCAGUGGCUUUUGUUGCUGGGGGAAAGUUGUCACACAAUUUCAGCCAAUUAUAGACCGAUUGAACAUCCGAGACACCGCAAUCCCGCUGGGAUUCAGGGUCAUGGAACUGGUGCUGAAAUGGUAGUAGACAUAUACGGGAGCCUGCUGGCAUCCAGAAAUAACGACUUUUGAGUGUAACUACGGCGUCGAAGUAGAGGUACAGAACGAAACUUUACUGCCAUGUUCCAGCCUACUCCUUGGUCAUUGAAACGAAUUUCCAUUCGAGACAUGGUCAUCCAUGACGCGAUAGGAUUGAUUGGCCUACAAGGUACCCAAAUCAAACACCUCUUCACCCCGCUUUCAGUGAAGCAAAUGCAGGGAAUCGUCCAUGUAUCCUCUGCAUGCUAUCCACCACCGAUAUAUAAGUAAUUGUGGCAUAUUCUGGGCAGAAUUGGUCAAUUUGAACAAUGAUUGCCUACACACAAUCAUCAACUCUACGUUCAUCUAAAAAUCCAUUAUACUGCCCUAAUCUACAAUUUUUCCGACGCAUCGAGAGGCAAUGUCCUCAAUAACCAAUGUCAUGCGUCUCCUAAACAACGUCAUCACUGGCGAGUACCCAGAAUACCUUCCACGCUCUAGUUCCGAAGUCAUCACCUUGCUCGGAGGGUUGAAAUCUCGGGAAGAGGUUUACCUCUCGCAUUAUCGGAGGAUGAAAGGAGUCACGAACCACGAGUUGAAGAGAAUGUAUGAUUUCGUAGCAGCUUCUAUCGUAAAGGUCACAGACAUCACCAAAGAGCUCAUGGAGUUAGCUUCUAUUGAUUCUAGGGUCAAAUCGUUCCAUGUAUAUGAGGCCCUCAGAAUUCUCCAUCUAGCAUUCGGUGCAUUUCAGAGGUUGGCCGGCAAAGUCAAAACGCUUCCCCGGCAAGAAAAAGACCGUUGCUUCGGCUACGUGGGAGGUUGCUACAACUACUCCAUUCUAUUUCAAAAACUCCUUUACCCCGAAGACGAAUGCGAUCACCUCGAAAUCUACGCCCAAGCCCUCGGGCACGAUUUCCAAUUCUGUUUCAAGAUAGACACUGAUCAGGAUUACUCUUCGCCAGGCUCAUCUUUAAGAAACGGGUUAGAAAAAACGCUCAGCGCAUGUAUACCUCCUGCUAAUCAAAUACCUGUAUACUGUCAUUUGACAGCACAGCCUGACAAGCCAGUAUGCCCGCAGCUUUAUCGAAAUCCAUAUUUUUAUGGGCCAAGAAACCUUCGGAAUCAGAAUCAUGAAUCGAAUAGAGAGUAUUUCAGGAUGAAAGAAGUCAGAGAGAAAGGGAUAUACCGUACGAAGGCGGCGACAACCGGCGACAUAAGUUACAACCAUGGAAGAAAAGUGGUUAAAGAACCGAAAGUAGAGGUAAUGCGCCGACGGAAGCGACAGACACGCGAUCUGGAAGCACAAUCUGGAUAUACACACACAGCAUCAUAAGGAAAAGCCAGAUUUGGGCGUUAAGUGAUGAGAUAUACUUUAUGAUAAUGAUAAUGAAGACAUACGACGAACAACUGUGGCAUGACGAAAUAGCAUAUUAAAAAGUUGGUUUUUGGGAUAGUGGAAUGGAUCGAUGAAAUAUUUUACAUGUACAAGAAAGAUAA